CCCACGCUGAACAUUCCAGCCGCUUAUCCAUCGACGCCGGUGGUAAACAGACGAUGAAGAGGUCCCUCUACGCCUUUGCGGCUCUGCUGCUGCUCCCUUUCAUCACAGUAUGGUCGUGCAUGAGCUGGCUGCUCGGGCAGUCGGGACGGUUCGCUGGCCUGGUGUCGCUUCUCGCAGUGGUAACCCUUGCCGGAAUUUGCAUUUUCCACGAGAACAUCAUGAUCUACGACCUUCCUGCCGCGUUUGCGGUCGCGCUGGUGCUGCUGCUCACGACUCUUCCAAAAUCCUUCCUCUUCCACGGGACGCUUGUGGUGGCGUUCGUGUCGUACGCAAUUACGCGCCAUCGACUAAGCUUUGCAAGCUCCUCUACUCCAACCUUGGCCAUAGAUGCGCUCAUCGUCUGUAGUUGCGUCGGUGUCGCGUGGACCUUUGCAUGUGCGCAGUCCCUCUGGAUUCCUGCAAAUGAAGCAGACCUCCAUCAAUCCGAGGCCGCCGUAUACAAAGCGACUCUGAAAACGGCCCCGUACCACAUGAAGGUCGUCGCGGGCCUCGGUACAGUGCACGUUCCCUACACAGGCGUUCGUGACUUGUCGUCGCCACCAUUGAAUGUCGUGUUGGUGCAUGGAUUUGCUGGAGGCAAUGCGCUGUGGGCCGCGAGUUUGGCUCCGUUGGCCCAGCACUUCCAUGUCUUUGCAGUCGAAUGGCUCGGAGUGGGGCGGUCGCACCGCCCGCGCACGUCGUUCAAGUCGUACGAAGAAGCGGACGCAUUUUUUGUCCAAAGCCUGGAGCUAUGGCGUAGUGCGAUGCAGUUGGAUUCCAUCGUCCUGUGCGGCCACUCCAUGGGGGGCAUGUUUGCCACGCACUACGCGCUGUUGUAUCCCCAACGCAUUCAGCAACUCGUGCUCAUCUCGCCUUGCGGACUGCCCGACGUCGAACACGACCCGCACUGGCUCAUCGACUGGCUUUGGAAGCUUCAGCUUACACCUAUGGAUCUCGUGCGGAAUGCCGGGCCGUUUGGCCCGCGCCUCAUGCGAUUCAUUUUAACUGCGCGCCUGUCGCGUCAACCCGAAUCGAACGCGAUCAAGCGCGGCGUUCUCGACAUGGAGCUCAUGGUCAAAUACAACUACCACAACUGGGCGGGGAAGCGAUCGGGCGAAGUUGCCAUGUAUACGCAUUUGUUGCCACGCGCGUACGCCAAGCGCCCGCUGAAGCACAUGCUCGUGCCGUCAAGACUCCAAAUGCCGAUUUCGUUCAUGUAAUGCCGUGUUGGGCUUGCAGCGGUGGAAUGGAUUUGACACGCGUGUAGCUACGGAGAAGAUGGGAACGACUGGAUGAACUCAAGCCAUGCUGCCAAGGUGAUUCCUGGCCUGACGCAGCACACGGUGCUGCAUAAAGUGCCGUCCGCGGGCCAUCAAGUGUUCAUGGACAACCCCGAAGGAUUCAACGAAGCGCUCAUAUCAUCGAUUCAUGCGGCCGCGAAAGCUUCGUUCAAGGAGUAACAUGUGUAUCAACGCAUUGCUGCGAUGAGGCGUGCAUUGAAGCAAUUGGAUGCCAAUCGCGCCCAGCCUCCGCCGCGUUCCGUGGCGGGAAGAUGCUCGUUUCAUGUUCCCGCGACUAACGCAAACUGCAAAAUUCGACGACCGGAUAAACUCCACCAAAAGGAUCCGGAUACCGACCUAGCUUGAUGUCAGAGUGCGGCUUGAGCCCGACGCGCAGGGCACCAGCAAGGCAUCGGCGCGCAUCUGGUUGCAUGGGGCUCACAAACUAUUUCACCUGUACCAUCGACAGCUGCACCGAUUCGAGUAUCGCGAAAGCCACAAUGAAUUGUCAUGUCGGCGCUUAUGAGACGACAAGAGCAGCGACUUUCGUUCGAGGUUCAUACUCCCACGACCACCAACGUACUCCUCACCUUCGAGAGAGCCGCAGCCCACGGCCAGUUGGACGCUGCCAAGUACAUGCAUGACUUGCUGCGUCUACCAUUCAAUGGACGUAGCGGCAAGGAUCGGACACUGGACGUGGUUGAGUUACUCCACGCGAACUGCAUACACGAAUGCAGGACGGUCAUCAUGGGCGUAGCCGCAGGGGAUGGUCGUUCGGAUAUCGUGCGAUGGCUGUAUGUAAAUCGAACGGAAGAAUGGUCGUGGAAAGCGCAAGCGAGAGUUACGCGAAGACAACGUCGACGUCGUCGGCGUUGCCACCGUUCCAUGGAGGCGUGUGGACUGAAGCAUCGACAUGCACCAGCCAUACAACAAGUGCAGUGGAGCGACGUGAUGAGAACUGAUAGGGGGCGGCUUCCGAGAAGGAAUUGAAAGCGUCUGUCCAAUAUGCGCAUGUAGCGUAUGCUAAUCAGGCCCGCGUGAGCGGAAGCUCGAGUCUCAGUUCACCUACCUUCGCCAACACCAAAUUGCGUAAACCACCAAUUGGAUUCUUU